AUGCCAAUCAAAUCCACCAUCGCGGCGCUGCUCGUUUGCACGACCAGCGCCAUCGCGCAGCACCAGCUCCCGAUCAAACAAGUCGCCGCGCCCCCCUCAGACAUUUUGAAUGGCCGCGUCCAACUACCAGAGUUGUCAAAGCUCGCCGAGCGCUCGACCUCCGCGCUUCUUCCGGUCAAACUCGAGUUCAACCAAGGCGUUUGGUCGUGGUCCAUACCGAUCACCCUCACCGAUCGACCCGCGCGCAUCGUCCUGUUCCCCGAAUCCCCAAACGCGUGGAGCCAUCAGCUCAUCGCGCCAAACACAAGACUCAUCGACCAAUCCCGCAUCGAGCAAGGCACAAGCCCACUCGCAUGGAUCAAUCAAGACCGGAUGUUCGAGCACAUGACCAUCCAGCCCACUCAAGCGCCCGCUGAGUACACACUCUCCAUCACUUCCGACCACGAAGCAGCCGGAUACAUCCUCCUCGACCACGGCCCAGAAGUCGAGCUCACCUCCCAACCCACAACACGCUCCACACUCCAGAACCACCCGAUCUCCAUCAAGUCCUCAUUCAACAACAACACCACACUGACCAACCUACAAGCCGAGAUCCGCUCCCCAUCAGGAUUCGUCUUCAACGAGCAAUCGAGCACCGACACCAUCACCUUCGUCCCCGAAGAAGCCGGCCCAUACAACAUCCGCAUCAUCGCAACAGGAACCCAAAAUCAACUACCAAUCGUCCGCACCACCCAGCACCUCAUCGACGCCGCGCCAGAAGCGAUGCCGCUCAAGCAACCAACACUUGUUGCAGACGAUUCCGCGAUCCGAUUCCAGUUCACUCCAGACAACGCGAAUCGCCACACCAUCCUCGCCGCCGAAGUAUGGGCAUUGGAGUGGGGGAUGCACGACGAUCAACCAAUCCCAGUCGCAUGGAUCUCCUCCAUCGUCGACAACACCCGCACGCUCACGCUCGACAAACGCUGGAUCACCCAAGCACAAGUCGAUCCAUCAACCAUCGAACUCCGCAACAUCCGCCUCCAUGACAUCGACACCUUCGUGCCACUGGAAAUCAUCGACCGCAUCCAGACACCGAUCGCAAAUCUCAAACUCCCAGAAUCCCCAACGACUACCAACGAAACCAUGCUUACCGGAUCCCCCGGCCCAACCAUCAACUCACAACACCUCCCAACCGCCGGAGUCACCAACGGGCCGGGACACCGACUCAUGCUCGUCCACGGCUACUGCACCGACGCCACCCCAUUCACCAUCAGCCACUUCUCCGGAGACAUCGCACUCUUCGAAGACUUCGAGCAGAGCCGAUCGCACAACACCUUCGCGCUCGAGAUGCUCAACCAAGCCGCGCCGAUGAAAUCCUUCGGCGUCGUCGGACACUCGCAAGGCGGAAUGGCCGCGCUCCACCUCUACACCUACUACUGGAGCGGUCUCGAUUGGGCGCGCGGGAACAGACUCAUCCAAUCCGUCGGCGCGCCCUACCAAGGGACCGCGCUCGCCGGGAACGCCGCGAUCCUCGGAGACAUCUUCGGAUUCGGUUGCGGCGAGAACCCCAACAUGACCUACUCCGGAGCCGCCAACUGGCUCUCACUCAUUCCCACCUGGGCGCGCGAUGAUGUCUACUACUACACCACCUCCUUCGAAGACGGCUUCGGAUUCGACUACUGCAACAUCAUCACCGACAUCCUCCUCUCCGAUCCAGACGACGGCGUCAUCGAACGCUCCGCCGGACAACUCCCAGGCGCUAACAACAUGGGACAUCUCGAAGGAUGGUGCCACACCGCAGACAUGCGCGAUCCGGGACAGAGGCCAAGCGAUGAACCGAUCCACACCAAUCAUCUUUCUGGCAACUUUGGCAACCUCAUCGGCGCAUGCCCAAGAUUCAUUCCAGACGACUCAACCAUUGGCGUCUCGCUCCCGAUCAGCGUCGAUGUCGCACCAAACGAAUCCAUCGCCUCCGUCGAGCUCGCGCUCAACAUCGCUCACGACUGGGUCGGUGACCUCGUCGUCACUCUUGAGUCUCCCAACGGCACCACCAUCACCAUCCUCGACCGCCCCGGAAUCCCCUCCUCCGGAUUCCCCGGCCCAUUCGGAUGCGGAGGACAAGGCGUCGAUGCCACCUUCACCGACAGCGCCAGCAGCCCUGCCGAGACCGCGUGCACCCCGAACCAGUUCCCCAUCAUCGCCGGCGACCUCAUCCCGCUCAUGCCCAUGAGCGCUUUUACCGGAGAGCACGCAGCAGGUCAAUGGAUCGUCAAAGUCUCAGAUGAAUCCAGCUACGACUUCGGGAUCGUCCUCGACGCAUGCCUCACCAUCACCACCAACAUCGACUGCGCACCCGACCUCACCGGAGAAGGCGACCUCAACUUCCUCGACGUCUCCGCUUUCCUCAGCGCGUUCGCGAACCAAGAACCCAUCGCCGACUUCGCACCCGACAACAACUUCAACUUCCUUGAUGAGGACACCAUGAAAAUCACAUUGAACCGUUUGAUCGUCGCAUCAACACUCGCCGCAGCCGCCGCUAUGACGCACGCGCAAGAAUACUCCAACACCCUCGGAGAUCCCGGAUUCACAGGUUCCUAUGUCGCCGGACUCUCCGUACACGACGACGGCUCAGGCGAGUCACUCUUCGCUGUUGGUUCAUUCAACAUCUUUGGCGGAGGUUCCAGCGGUUCACAAAUCGCACGCUGGGACGGCUCAAUGUGGCAACCCGUAGGCUCCGGACUCACCGGCGGAUACACCAACGCCGUGACAGAGUUCCAAGACGACCUCAUCGCCGCCGGAUACUUCGACUCCGCGAGCGGCGUUGCAGGUUCCGCCAAACUCGCACGCUGGGACGGCACCAACUGGAACUCCAUGGACGCGCAGUCCGAAAUCUUCCUCAACUCCUUCUGGGAUCUCGAAGUCUACGACGACGGCAUCACAGGAGAACAACUCUACAUCGCCGGGAACUACGGCGACCUCAACGGGAACCUCGCACUCGAUCACAUCGCCAAAUGGGACGGCACCAACUACUCCGCAGUCGGCGGAACCAUCGGUGGAGCCGUGCCCCUCAUCGUCCUCGACCUCCACCAAGCAGACCUGGGUGGUGGCAACCUCCUCUACGCAGGAGGACGCUUCCUCACCAUCGGUGGCGGCGCCGCACUCAACAUCGCACAAUGGGACGGCACCUCAUGGUCCGCGAUGGACCUGGGAGUCUCACGCACAUCAGGAUUCGCACAAGUCCUCCACAUGACCAACUGGGACGACGGAUCAGGUGAAGCCCUCUACGUCGGCGGACGCUUCAACCUCGCCGGAGGCUCAACAGUCUCCACCAACAUUGCAAAAUGGGACGGCAUGUCAUGGUCGUCCAUGGGCGACGGAUUCAACGGCGAUGUCCAAGAACUCGUCACCUUCGACGACGGCUCCGGAGAAACCCUCUACGCACUCGGAAACUUCACCGAAUCAGGCGCCACCCCAAUCGCAGGCGUCGCGAAAUGGAACGGCUCAUCAUGGGAAGCCAUGAGCGACUCCGUCGACGGCAGCAUCUUCACCGGAAUCGUCUACGACACCGGAGAAGGUGAGUCACUCAUCAUCGGUGGAGGAUUCGGAGAACUCGACGGCGUCGCAACCAACCGCGUCGUCGCGCUCCUCCCAGCAGCCUGCGCCCCAGACCUCACCGGAGAAGGCGACCUCAACUUCCUCGAUGUCUUAGCGUUCCUCACCGCAUUCGGGAACCAAGAUCCUGUCGCCGACUUCAUUGCUGACGGCAACUACAACUUCCUCGAUGUCAGUGAAUUCCUCGCGCGGUUCGCCGCAGGAUGCCCUUGA